AUGCUUAAGCACAUUAUCUCAAUAACUUUGGCCUCAGUUUUCCUUUUCGUUACGUUAGCUGCUACAACCCCAGUAAACGUCGAAAACUCUAACACUGAUGGAAAUGGUGGUGCUGGUAAUAACGAUCAAGGGGACUUUAGCGAAAAUGGCGGUGGUAGCCAUAAUGGCAAGCAUAGUUGUAGCUCAGUAGGAAUCGGAAACGUCGGAAACUCUAGCGGCAGUGAGGAUUACAAUGAUGGAAAUGAAGUUGAUGCUGAAAAAUCAUCAGAUGAAGACGAAAACUUUUCUUUCUACGACACAUUUAUUCCCGACCUUCUCGUUGAACAAUUUUAUAAAAUGUUCACAUAUUGGGAUGAUGAUCAAAAUUUCUCAGGGUUCAUUCAACGGCAAUUAAAAUUUCUGGAACUCAUGCUGAAAGAGAAGCUGAGAGAGCAAUUGAAAACUAUUGGACUGAAAGAUUUAUUGAAAACUAUUGGACUGAAAGAUUUAUUGAAAACUAUUGGACUGAAAGAUUUAUUGAUUAUUGUAAAAUAA